AGAUGAUGGCUAUGGAACUUCAAGAUUAUUGUCAACCACACCAUCUUCCUCAAAUUCAGAAUGCAAUACUUCACCUGAUCGUAGAGCUCGUGGGUUUUAUUCUCCAACCAAAUCUGCUCACGUCCCAACAUCCAAUACAACAGUUGACAUUGAUUUGGAGCCUGAUGUGCAACCUAGCUUUGAGCACCAUAAAGAUUUUACAAUGAGAUGGGAAAAACCCUUGCAGGCUGAAGUGGAUGAUUUGAGUAUUGGGACUGCAGAUAAAACAACUGUAUCUGGUGAGGAACAUCAAAACAUAGAAGAACUUGAAUAUCAAGUUUACGAGAAAUAUGAUGCCACUGAGAGUGUAAGUAAUAAUAAAUCAGUAAACACAAAUAAGAAAACAGACUGCAUGGAUGAGUUUCAGUACAUAGAGGAUCAUUUUACGGACUUGCACACUUUCGACAGUCUGAAGCAAGGAGAGAAUGUCUCUUUUGACCUGGAGUCACAUUGGACAGGAACUGAGAAGACUAAACCAUGGUGGCGUUCUGCUAGUAAAGAUGAGUUGGCUUCCUUGGUUGCCCGGAAGUCACUUGAAAGCUUAGAAAAUUGCGACCUUCCUCAACCACGAACAAAACACCACAGAAAGGAUCAAUCUGCCUAUCAUGAGUGUUUUGAUCAAGAUUGCUUUCUCACUUCAUCUUUUACUGAGAUGCAAUUCUCCAGUUUGGAUAGAUAUAGCAGGGGAAUGCACCGUUCGGUUGCCAUGGGUGAGAGACAGUCUACUGUUGGUUCUGUAGGUCACUCUCUGCAUCGUCAAGAUCAUUUCAGCAGUAGCAGAUCUGGUAACGAAGAAAACAACUCAAGCAGUAUUGCAAAUGUAGAUCCUAGCAAAGCCCAGUUGUUGGAAGCACUAUGCCAUUCCCAAACUCGAGCGCGGGAAGCAGAGAAAGCCGCACAAGAAGCCGAUACAGAGAAGAAGCACAUUGUCUCACUCUUUCUCAGACAAGCCUCCCAACUUUUUGCUUAUAAACAGUGGUUCCAGUUGCUGCAGUUACAGAACAUCUGCCUUCAACUUAGGAACAAAGAUAAACCAAUUUCCGGUGUGUUCUCAGAUGUCUUGCCUUGGGUCCCAUGUAAAGACAGACAGUUUAAUCAACACAGGAACAGAAGGAAGAAACGGGGCAGACCUCGGUAUUGGAUUACAAUGUACGACGUUGCUGUCGCUGUGGGAUUGGGUCUCACUGGCGCCGGUUUGCUCCUCGGAUGGACGUCAGGUUGGUUGGUUUCCAUUUUUUGAGUUAUUAUCUGUAUUACCUUGGAUGGUGAAGGCAGCUGGUUUUCAUGGGAAAACAUAAUUUUCCAUAUAAAAAAUCAACUUUUUGUAAAUAUACCAUAUACAACCUUUGCAUGUGUUAAUACAGUUAUACUUGACCAACUCUUGUUAAAACUUUAUAUUGUAUACAAAAUGGCAUGGCCACAUGUAAAUCUGUA